CCCACUUUCAUUAGGACCCGGUUAGUGCGCUUGGCAAAAGAAAUUUGCAGACAACUCUGGGAUUCUCGCGUUUUUUAAGUGGUUAUCUUCCUCUUCAUCCGCGGGUUUCCACCCUCUAUUUUGUGUUAUUUUAUAGUCCAUCGUUUUACGUCAUUCCUCAAAAAUGUUGAUGCCCAAGAAGCACGAAAAGUUGAUCCUUGAAUAUCUGUUCAGUGAAGGUGUUCUGGUUGCGAAGAAGGAUGUACAUCUGGCCAAGCACCCAAACAUUCAGAACGUCCCCAAUCUGCACGUUAUGAAACUCCUUCAGAGUCUUAAAAGUAAAGGACAUGUGAAGGAACAGUUCGCCUGGCGCCAUCAUUAUUUCUACCUUACCAACCAGGGACUCGAUUAUCUCCGUGAUUAUUUGCAUCUGCCGGGCGAGAUCGUUCCCGCGACCAUGAAGCAAAAACCCCAAACGGACGCCAGAAGACCCCGUCCGGCGCCGCGUCAGGAUUAUCGCGAGGGCCAAGGCUACGGAGAUCGUGGCGAAUACCGCAAGGCCGCCGAAAAGAAGGGAGAGCUCGGACCAGGACAAGAAAUGGAAUUCCGAGGAGGACAACAGAGUCGGUUUUCUGGAUUUGGUCGUGGAGCACCUCGUCAGUAAUGUGAAAUAUUGGUUUAAGUGCAACUUGGUCUGGAAUUUCGUAAACUGUUUUCGGACGAUCAGUGUUCUCUAGAAAUGGAAAUAUAUGCCGAUAACAUCCAAAUAAAGCUGGGUUAAAUUGAA